CAGAGCGUUAGCGUUUUCCCGCCGUCCCUUCCUGUCUCGCGCUUCCUCGGUUGCUGGGGUAACCGGCGUGUUUUCGUAAACGCGUCAGCUUGUGAUAUUGACUCCCAACAUGGCGGGCUGCUAGAGGAGAAGGGUCGGCUGCUAGCGUAUAGUGAAGGAGGCCGGAGUGGUGAGGUCCUCGCUCAGUCUGCGUUGGGUUGUCUUUUAUCUGCUGAGCACUUAAAGAAAUUAUGGCGACUGGAGGAGGUCCACCUGAAGAAACCAUUACUGAUCAAGAUCUACCCAAUUGGAGUCAUGAAUCCCUGGAAGAUAGGCUGAAUAAUAUGGAGUGGAGUGGACAAAAGAAAGGAAACAGAUCAUCAGAAAAAAAUAAGAAAACGUUUGGCGUGGAUUAUGAGUCCCGGCUUACAAACGAUAUUUCUCCUGGUUCCUCUCCUGGAGUCGGCCGUAGGAGGACAAGAACGCCGCAUACUUAUCCACAUACCAGAUAUAUGUCUCAGAUGUCAGUCCCAGAACAGGCAGAACUGGAGAAACUGAGGCAGAAAAUUAAUUUUGGCGAUUUGGAUCAGAGGAGCAUUGGGAGUGAUUCCCAAGGAAGAGCAACAGCAGCAAACAAUAAGAGGCAGCUUUCUGAGAACCGAAAAUCUUUCAACUUUCUUUCACUACAGCUGAACACUAACAAAGAUAAAGCUGCUUCUUCAAGUCCUCCAAAGCGAGAAACCAGUGGCCCGUCUUUACCUAAGGAAUAUUUGACUUCUCCUCUCUCUAAAGAACUUUUGCAGAAUUACCAGGCGGCUUUAGGAGAAGAUGGUCUUGAUGAACCAGCUAUUGACAGUAGUCAGGUUGUGAGUAGAUUUGCACAGUUCCACAGCUUAAUCACCAAGGGGAAAGAUGACUUUGUCAAGAAAAACAUAAGGUCUGCCACUGUUGAGCACUUAUCAAACAUAAUUGAAUAUCUAAGAGACCAGGAAAACUGUUGCCUAAAAUGUCAUCAAAAAAAGCUUGCUAGCAGAGAUGAGGAGGAUGCAUGGACUGUAGAUUCAGCUGUGGGAUCUGCAUCUGUAGCUGAGAGCACAUCACUAAACAUUGAUGUGCAGUCUGAAGGUUCAGAUACCACGGAGGUGUCUGUUAGUCGUCCACGAAUUGAAGACAAUCUAGGGAGCUCUGGGUCACAAAUGAAAUGUUCACAUCCUGACAUCAAAACCUCUCCAAAGAGUAAAAGACCGGCUAUGAAUAACAGGGAAAUGAAGUCAAGUAGCACUUGUGUUUUGCAGCCAGGAUUACAGUUUAAGCCAGUAGAUUCUCAGCAGGAGGCCAAGGAAGAACUGAAAAAUAUGAAAAAACAGCAUGCACUACUGACAAGGAUGUUACAGCAACAAGAGCAACUCAGGGCUUUAAAGGGAAGACAGGCUGCUCUCCUUGCUUUGCAGCACAAGGCUGAACAAGCUAUUGCUGUUAUGGAUGAAUCUGUUGUCACUGAGACAACAGGAAGUGUGUCUGGAUUAAGUUUAACAUCUGAGUUAAAUGAAGAGCUAAAUGACCUGAUCCAACGUUUUCACAACCAGCUGCAUGAUGUUCAGAGUCCACCAGUUCCAGAUAACAGGCGACAAGCAGAAAGCUUGUCACUUACAAGAGCAGUUUCUCAGAGCUUAAACUCUUCCAUAUCAGAAGCUGCUUCUGAAGAGAGGGGGCCACUUUUCAGUAAAGUGGGUGUAUUGUUAGAAAAGAAACAAAAAAUGGACUCUAUACUAGGUGAACUCCAUACGCUACAGGAUCACCAUUUAAAUAAUACUAUUGUAGGUUCUUCAGGUUCCCCCCAAAGGGUAAUGGAUCAAAGAAGCAUGGGUUCCACUUCCUCUGCUAACCAGGUUACUGAUAAAAGGCCAUCAAACAGUCCAGCCAGAGGAGCCGCUUGUUCUUCAGCUUCCAUGAACAACAGCGAAGAUGAGGAAAACCAAAACCCUACAGAGAAGCUUAAGAAAUUGAAAGAAGUUCGGAAGCGGCUAAAUGAGCUACGAGAUUUAGUUCGAUAUUAUGAGCAGACAUCUGAUAUGAUCACUGAUGCUGUAAAUGAGAACACUAAAGACGAGGAAGAAGAAACUGAGGAUUCAUGGUUUGAAUCUGAUCAGGAAGUGAAUCAGCCAGUAACUAACAAUAGAAAUCCGCAACGCAUGAGUAGCUGGGGACCAGUGAAUAGCAUCACUAAUUCACAGUGUGCUGUUAAUAACAGAGAUGAAAGGUCAUGUAAUACGGAUUGUGAAAUAAAUAACCGAUCUGAUGCUAAUCUUAGAAGCUUCAAUAUAUCGUCUGCAUUAGAUUGCCUUUAUAAUAGAGAUACUGAGGAGAAAAGAGAGGAUAGAAUUGAAGGGCUAGACGAUGAUGGUGCAGAUGAAGAUCCUUUGAGUGCAGCUUCUCUCUCUAGCCGGAGUAGUGUCACAGAAGAUGACCAAAAUGAUGAUGAUUUUGAAGAAAAAUUUAACAGACUAAUAGCUGCCAAACAGAAACUGAGACAACUACAGGAUCUUGUUGCAAUGUACGGUGAUGAUACAGAGUCUGAAACAACUGCUGAGAGGCCAACUGCGGCAGCCCAUUAUGAGGAGGCAAAUGCAAAUCAGCAACCAAAUAAUACCCGUCCCAGUGGUUCUAAAGCACAAAAAGAUGUUGCCCUUAAGGAACAGGCAAGAGAAAAAUUUUAUGAAACUAAGCUACAACAACAGCAGGAAGAACUAAAACAGUUACAAGAAGAAAGAAAGAAACUUAUAGAAAUUCAGGAAAAAAUUCAAACUUUACGGAAAGCGUGUCCUGACCUUCAGUUGUCCAUUGCUGGAACAUCAAGGCGAAUGCCAACAGCAGCUUCAACUCCAGAGGUUAAUGAUAUCAAUCCUGUAGUCUUACCAAGCAUGCCUGAUCCUGAAGAUUCAUCUUCUGCAGAUAAUGAAGUUUGGUCAGAGAUCCGCAGGCAUCAAAUUUUGAGAGAAGAUCUGCGACAAAGAAGGAAACAGCUUGAGUCAUUGAUGGCUGAACAUCAGAGAAGACAAGGAAUCGCCGAAACUACUUCUGCUGGUUCUUUAAGAAGUGAUGACUCUGAGGCACAUAGUCUUCAGCACCAAAGCAGAACUGAAAAAACGAUGGCAACAUGGGGUGGAUCCACACAGUGUGCUCUUGAUGAUGAGGAUGAAGACAGCAUUUCAGAAGUAAAUCAGGCUGAAGAAGAAGAGGAGGAGGAGGAAGAAGAGCAGGAAAACACAUUCCGAGAAAAUGCCCCAUAUCCCCCAAGCAGCAUAAAUCAGAGUGCUUUUAGUGGAAAGACCAAUAAACAUGGGUGGAAAAACAAACGUUCAUAUUCUAUUGACGGCAAUUACCGUCCUUCUCCAAAGACAAGACAGCAACAAAAUAUUAGCAUGAGGAGACAAGAAAAUGUUCAGUGGGUAUCAGAACUUUCCCAGGUGGAAGAGAAAGAACAUUGGCAGGAACAGAUAAACCAGCUGAAAAAACAAAUUGAGUUCAGCACAAAUAUAUGCCAGACUUUGAUGAGAGACCAACAGUCCCUUUCCUACCUCUUGCAAAGUUUAUUCACAAAUCCAUACAAUGUGAUGCCAAGUAGCAUGGGAACUCCUCAAGUCCACCUCAUAAUGCACCAGCUAAAUCAGUGCUAUACUCAGCUUAACUGGCAACAAAACAAUGUUCUCAGGCUGAAGCAGAUGCUGAAUGAUAUGUGUCAACAGCAGGAACACAUUCACCAAAGCAGCCAACAAAGACAAGAGAGAGCCAGUAGUGUACCACCUCCUUCGUCCCCUAAUAUGUUUAAUAAUUUCAGUUUCCUCCCACCUCCCAUGAAUGUGUUUAACAUACCUCCAUUUGGAAACUUUCCUAACAUGAUGCCAGGUGUGAAUUUUAAUUCAGUCUUUCAACCCGGUAUUGGAGACUUAACUCGUAAUUCUGCUUCUCAGCCUGAUAUACCACUCCAGCCUCAUGAUCCAAACACUUCAGGCAAAACGGAGUACAUGGCUUUUCCAAAACCUUUUGAAAGUAAUUCGUCCAGUACAGCAGAUAAGCAAAGAACUUCUCCUAAAGCAGCUGAUGAAGGAGAACACAGCAGAGGUCACAGAUUAGAAAACCAAAAUGAAGAUAAAGUUAAAACAUCUCCUUUCAUGGACCCAGGACUUUCAGUCUUUGGAAACUCUGUAAAGCAAAUGCGACAGUACGAUGAAGAGUCAGUGGAGAGUUUGAGCAGUAUGCCUGAUCCAGGAGAUCCCACAACAGUUACUAAAACAUAUAAAUCCCGAAAAGCAUCAGCCCAAGCGAGCCUAGCAUCCAAGGACAAAACUCCAAAGACAAAGAAUAAGAAAAGAAAAAUUUUCCACCAUAAAAGUAAAGGAUUGAAGAACCGUGUUACAGAUCUAAAAAGUGGAAGUGCCUCCAGUGCUGCUAAACUUAUGGAAAGCAGCAACAAACAUGCACAGACUGAGGAAGUGACUGAAGCAAAUCCCAGUUGUGAUCACAUAGAACGACUAAGGAAGGACAAUAAAACUGCUGAUAUUUCUUCAGAGGCAGGAAGUGACUUUUCAAUGUUUGAAGCGUUGCGGGAUACCAUUUACUCAGAAGUGGCUACACUGAUUUCACAAAAUGAAAGCCGUCCACACUUUCUUAUUGAGCUCUUUCAUGAACUACAACUUUUGAAUACAGAUUAUCUAAGACAAAAAGCACUAUUUGCUCUACAGGAUAUUGUGACCAGAUGUGUCACAGACGCUACAGACAUGAAACUUGACAAUACCAAGCCUGUGGAGUCUAUUGGGUGGAUGGCAUCCAACUCUGAGCUUACACCAAGUGAAAGCCUGGCUACAACAGAUGAUGAAAUGUUUACAAAAAAUUCAACUGGUCCAGCUUUCAAUGAAGGUGAACAAAAUGAUGGGGAUAAUUUAAGCAAUUUAUCAACCUCUUCCAAUUUUGAGCCAUUUGCUACUGAUGAUCUUGGUAACACAGUGAUUCAUUUAGAUCAAGCACUGGCAAGAAUGAGAGAAUAUGAGCGCAUGAAACUUGAGAGUGAAAAUAAUUUAGCUGCUGAUUCUUGCAAUAACCUUAACAAUGCUGCCACUAACUUAGAAGGCUCCGAUGAGGGAGGCCACAGCAGAUUGUUCAAUGAAGAUGGAUCUGGAGUUCCUUGCCCACGUAUCGAUACUCAGCAGCUUGACCGACAAAUAAAGGCGAUUAUGAAAGAAGUAAUUCCCUUUUUAAAGACACAUCUGCAGGGGAGCCUGGAGAAACAACAGGAACACAUGGAAGAAGUGUGCUCUCCUCAUCUCCUGACUUCUAUCAGGCGAAUGGUUCUGACUUUAACGCAGCAGAAUGAUGAGAGCAAAGAAUUUGUGAAAUUCUUUCACAAACAGCUAGGCAGCAUCUUACAGGAUUCAUUGGCAAAGUUUAGUAAUAAAAAACUGAAGGAUUGUGGAGAAGAUCUUCUUGUUGAAAUUUCAGAAGUGUUGUUCAAUGAAUUGGCCUUUUUUAGGCUGAUGCAAGACCUGGACAAUACUAGCAGCUCAGUGCAGAGCAGAAGCCAACAAAAUGCUGAUGCUGAUGUUUUGCAGUCUUUCUCAAAAGAGGCAAAGAAAAUUUUUGUGUCUGAAGAAAACACUGAAACUGGAGAGAUUGAUGAUGAAGACAAGGACAAAGAUGAAACUGAGACAUUACCAAAAACGCAGACGAAAAAUAUUGAUGUUUCUGAAGCUCACAGUGGAAGGUCUGACAUUUCAGAGGAGGAAGAUGGAAAUGACAUGCCUGUGUCUAUUAGCUUAUCUAAAGCAGAAACACAAGCUUUAACAAACUAUGGCAGUGGUGAAGAUGAAAAUGAAGAGGAGGAGGAGAAUUACGAGUUUGAGGCAGGACCUGUGGAUGUACAGACAUCACUGGAAGCCAACAAUGAAAAUACAGAGGAACAUGAAAAGGAGGCAGUUUUGAACAAUAGUCCCAAGGAAAUGGCAAAUGAACAUACUGAGAUGCUAAAGCAGGAAACAGGAAAUGACCAGACUUCAGAGGAAGACCAGAAAAGCUUAUCGGCAGACGUUUUAUCCCUCAAUACAUCUACUCCACUGUUACUGAAUAAGGAGAGUGAAAUGUCUUCAUCUGUAGAUGUGGAUACCAAGUCAUCACUGGCAUCAGCAGAAAGCUCAGGACCUGGCAGUCCAGCAACCGAUUCCCCUGUCCUGGUUAAUGAAUAUCAGGAAACUGGUUCUGGAAAUUUGAGUCAGAAAUCUGAUGAAGAUGACUUUGUGAAAGUUGAGGAUUUGCCUCUUAAACUAACCUUACCUAAGACAGAACUAAUGGCUGAGAUGGAGAAGGAGGAGCUGAAAAACAAUUUAUGUGAUGAGAUACUGAAUUUAAAUGGGCAAGAAAAUGGUGCAGAUGAUUUGGCAGGAGAUGCAUUGUUGCUGAAAGAGCCUGAUAGUUUUGGAUCCAGUUCGGCUUGAAAUGCACUGACCUUUAUUAUGCAGACCUUAAGAAAAUUAAACAUCUGCACUAUUCCUUCCAUGUUUGAAAGUUUAUAAAAAAUAUUGUCUUAGAACACAGUCAUUCAAGAUCAGCAGCGUUAACAAAAAGGAACCCUGCGUUCAUCUAAAAGUCCAAGCACUGUUCUUUUUCCAUGUCCCAAUUUCUGUCUUUGUAUGGUUUUCUUUUUGUAAAUUCGGAAUUGUUUGAAGUUCUAAAUAAAGUUUUGACUUAUCUGUA